GGUCUACUAUUUUAGUUUACUUUGCAGAAGUUGCUCAUGGGCGGAGCAAUCCUGAUUUCCUAAACUGACUUUCAACUUCCCUUUGAAGCAAGUCUUUCCCUGCUGUGACCACAGUUCAUAGCAGAGAGGAACUGGAUGGUACAGCACAGAUUUCUCUUGGAGUCAGUUGGUCCCAGAAAGAUCCAAAUUAUGAGACUGUCAGCAAGAAUUAUUUGGCUUAUAUUAUGGACUGUUUGUGCAGCAGAAGAUUGUAAAGGUCCUCCUCCAAGAGAAAAUUCAGAAAUUCUCUCAGGCUCGUGGUCAGAACAACUAUAUCCAGAAGGCACCCAGGCUACCUACAAAUGCCGCCCUGGAUACCGAACACUUGGCACUAUUGUAAAAGUAUGCAAGAAUGGAAAAUGGGUGGCGUCUAACCCAUCCAGGAUAUGUCGGAAAAAGCCUUGUGGGCAUCCCGGAGACACACCCUUUGGGUCCUUUAGGCUGGCAGUUGGAUCUCAAUUUGAGUUUGGUGCAAAGGUUGUUUAUACCUGUGAUGAUGGGUAUCAACUAUUAGGUGAAAUUGAUUACCGUGAAUGUGGUGCAGAUGGGUGGAUCAAUGAUAUUCCACUAUGUGAAGUUGUGAAGUGUCUACCUGUGACAGAACUCGAGAAUGGAAGAAUUGUGAGUGGUGCAGCAGAAACAGACCAGGAAUACUAUUUUGGACAGGUGGUGCGGUUUGAAUGCAAUUCAGGCUUCAAGAUUGAAGGACAUAAGGAAAUUCAUUGCUCAGAAAAUGGCCUUUGGAGCAAUGAAAAGCCACGAUGUGUGGAAAUUCUCUGCACACCACCGCGAGUGGAAAAUGGAGAUGGUAUAAAUGUGAAACCAGUUUACAAGGAGAAUGAAAGAUACCACUAUAAGUGUAAGCAUGGUUAUGUGCCCAAAGAAAGAGGGGAUGCCGUCUGCACAGGCUCUGGAUGGAGUUCUCAGCCUUUCUGUGAAGAAAAGAGAUGCUCACCUCCUUAUAUUCUAAAUGGUAUCUACACACCUCACAGGAUUAUACACAGAAGUGAUGAUGAAAUCAGAUAUGAAUGUAAUUAUGGCUUCUAUCCUGUAACUGGAUCAACUGUUUCAAAGUGUACACCCACUGGCUGGAUCCCUGUUCCAAGAUGUACCUUGAAACCAUGUGAAUUUCCACAAUUCAAAUAUGGACGUCUGUAUUAUGAAGAGAGCCUGAGACCCAACUUCCCAGUAUCUAUAGGAAAUAAGUACAGCUAUAAGUGUGACAACGGGUUUUCACCACCUUCUGGGUAUUCCUGGGACUACCUUCGUUGCACAGCACAAGGGUGGGAGCCUGAAGUCCCAUGCGUCAGGAAAUGUGUUUUCCAUUAUGUGGAGAAUGGAGACUCUGCAUACUGGGAAAAAGUAUAUGUGCAGGGUCAGUCUUUAAAAGUCCAGUGUUACAAUGGCUAUAGUCUUCAAAAUGGUCAAGACACAAUGACAUGUACAGAGAAUGGCUGGUCCCCUCCUCCCAAAUGCAUCCGUAUCAAGACAUGUUCAGCAUCAGAUAUACACAUUGACAAUGGAUUUCUUUCUGAAUCUUCUUCUAUAUAUGCUCUAAAUAGAGAAACAUCCUAUAGAUGUAAGCAGGGAUAUGUGACAAAUACUGGAGAAAUAUCAGGAUCAAUAACUUGCCUUCAAAAUGGAUGGUCACCUCAACCCUCAUGCAUUAAGUCUUGUGAUAUGCCUGUAUUUGAGAAUUCUAUAACUAAGAAUACUAGGACAUGGUUUAAGCUCAAUGACAAAUUAGACUAUGAAUGUCUCGUUGGAUUUGAAAAUGAAUAUAAACAUACCAAAGGCUCUAUAACAUGUACUUAUUAUGGAUGGUCUGAUACACCCUCAUGUUAUGAAAGAGAAUGCAGUGUUCCCACUCUAGACCGAAAACUAGUCGUUUCCCCCAGAAAAGAAAAAUACAGAGUUGGAGAUUUGUUGGAAUUCUCCUGCCAUUCAGGACACAGAGUUGGGCCAGAUUCAGUGCAAUGCUACCACUUUGGAUGGUCUCCUGGUUUCCCUACAUGUAAAGGUCAAGUAGCAUCAUGUGCACCACCUCUUGAAAUUCUUAAUGGGGAAAUUAAUGGAGCAAAAAAAGUUGAAUACAGCCAUGGUGAAGUGGUGAAAUAUGAUUGCAAACCUAGAUUCCUACUGAAGGGACCCAAUAAAAUCCAGUGUGUUGAUGGGAAUUGGACAACCUUGCCUGUAUGUAUUGAGGAGGAGAGAACAUGUGGAGACAUUCCUGAACUUGAACAUGGCUCUGCCAAGUGUUCUGUUCCUCCCUACCACCAUGGAGAUUCAGUGGAGUUCAUUUGUGAAGAAAACUUCACAAUGAUUGGACAUGGGUCAGUUUCUUGCAUUAGUGGAAAAUGGACCCAGCUUCCUAAAUGUGUUGCAACAGACCAACUGGAGAAGUGUAGAGUGCUGAAGUCAACUGGCAUAGAAGCAAUAAAACCAAAAUUGACUGAAUUUACGCAUAACUCCACCAUGGAUUACAAAUGUAGAGACAAGCAGGAGUACGAACGCUCAAUCUGUAUCAAUGGAAAAUGGGAUCCUGAACCAAACUGUACAAGCAAAACAUCCUGCCCUCCUCCACCGCAGAUUCCAAAUACCCAAGUGAUUGAAACCACCGUGAAAUACUUGGAUGGAGAAAAAUUAUCUGUUCUUUGCCAAGACAAUUACCUAACUCAGGACUCAGAAGAAAUGGUGUGCAAAGAUGGAAGGUGGCAGUCAUUACCUCGCUGCAUUGAAAAAAUUCCAUGUUCCCAGCCCCCUACAAUAGAACAUGGAUCUAUUAAUUUACCCAGAUCUUCAGAAGAAAGGAGAGAUUCCAUUGAGUCCAGCAGUCAUGAACAUGGAACUACAUUCAGCUAUGUCUGUGAUGAUGGUUUCAGGAUACCUGAAGAAAAUAGGAUAACCUGCUACAUGGGAAAAUGGAGCACUCCACCUCGCUGUGUUGGACUUCCUUGUGGACCUCCACCUUCAAUUCCUCUUGGUACUGUUUCUCUUGAGCUAGAGAGUUACCAACAUGGGGAAGAGGUUACAUACCAUUGUUCUACAGGCUUUGGAAUUGAUGGACCAGCAUUUAUUAUAUGCGAAGGAGGAAAGUGGUCUGACCCACCAAAAUGCAUAAAAACGGAUUGUGACGUUUUACCCACAGUUAAAAAUGCCAUAAUAAGAGGAAAGAGCAAAAAAUCAUAUAGGACAGGAGAACAAGUGACAUUCAGAUGUCAAUCUCCUUAUCAAAUGAAUGGCUCAGACACUGUGACAUGUGUUAAUAGUCGGUGGAUUGGACAGCCAGUAUGCAAAGAUAAUUCCUGUGUGGAUCCACCACAUGUGCCAAAUGCUACUAUAGUAACAAGGACCAAGAAUAAAUAUCUACAUGGUGACAGAGUACGUUAUGAAUGUAAUAAACCUUUGGAACUAUUUGGGCAAGUGGAAGUGAUGUGUGAAAAUGGGAUAUGGACAGAAAAACCAAAGUGCCGAGACUCAACAGGGAAAUGUGGGCCUCCUCCACCUAUUGACAAUGGAGACAUCACCUCCUUGUCAUUACCAGUAUAUGAACCAUUAUCAUCAGUUGAAUAUCAAUGCCAGAAGUAUUAUCUCCUUAAGGGAAAGAAGACAAUAACAUGUAGAAAUGGAAAGUGGUCUGAGCCACCAACAUGCUUACAUGCAUGUGUAAUACCAGAAAACAUUAUGGAAUCACACAAUAUAAUUCUCAAAUGGAGACACACUGAAAAGAUUUAUUCCCAUUCAGGGGAGGAUAUUGAAUUUGGAUGUAAAUAUGGAUAUUAUAAAGCAAGAGAUUCACCGCCAUUUCGUACAAAGUGCAUUAAUGGCACCAUCAAUUAUCCCACUUGUGUAUAAAAUCAUAAUACAUUUAUUAGUUGAUUUUAUUGUUUAGAAAGGCACAUGCAUGUGACUAAUAUACUUUCAAUUUGCAUUGAAGUAUUGUUUAACUCAUGUCUUCUCAUAAAUAUAAACAUUUUUGUUAUAUGGUGAUUAAUUUGUAACUUUAAAAACUAUUGCCAAAAUGCAAAAGCAGUAAUUCAAAACUCCUAAUCUAAAAUAUGAUAUGUCCAAGGACAAACUAUUUCAAUCAAGAAAGUAGAUGUAAGUUCUUCAACAUCUGUUUCUAUUCAGAACUUUCUCAGAUUUUCCUGGAUACCUUUUGAUGUAAGGUCCUGAUUUACAGUGGAUAAAGGAUAUAUUGACUGAUUCUUCAAAUUAAUAUGAUUUCCCAAAGCAUGUAACAACCAAACUAUCAUAUAUUAUAUGACUAAUGCAUACAAUUAAUUACUAUAUAAUACUUUCAAAUAAAAGAAUCUAAGAAACUUC